AUGUCUUCCCUUGGUUCCGAGUCUAGGAGCGGCAACGCUUUUACUUCUCAGCACCAAUCUCAGAUCCCCAAUUUGAACCCGUCAGCGAGACCCUUCACCCCCACGGAAUCGGCCCGUUCCUCUGCGACUUUACUAGGUUUCGGAGAUUUGGCUUAUCAUCAAAUCAAGGCUGCCGAGGCCGCUAAUAUUCUGGUCGCCCAAGUUCUCCCUCACUUUGCUUGCCGUUUCGAUCACGAGCGCACGUCCGAGCAAGGCGGCCAGAAAAUCCAUACCGAACAUGUCAGACAGACCGAGCAUGUUACUCAAAAGUCCUCUGAUGGGCCCCAGUCCGUCCACUCGGCCGGUCUUUCGGCCGGUCUCGAUGCACCCAAGACACCGCCGAACCGUCAUAUGAAGACUCGGAAAAUGAGCCCGACGCCUGCUGCGUACACCUUCGACGAUGACGACGACUUCUAUCCGGGUGCCGAUCCACACCUCACGAGAAAACGUAUGUGGAUAAAAUACUAGAUUGGGGAAAUGCAAAUCAUCCGCCAAUUGUCGUUGUUCAAGGCGGCAAUGCACCCUUCACAUAUUUGGUCGCUUGUUAUCAUGAGCAGGUGGGGCGCUGAUGUCAGAACUACAAAGAGAAAGGGAAAGAAACGAUGUCGUAAGAGGUCGAGGUCCU